UUGGAGAUGAGUCAAAAGGAGGAGCAAUAUGUAGCCAAACCUGUGGCAACCAACACACAACAAUAUAAUAUAAUCCUCUCACAUAGCCUCACUUCUCUUCUCAUCAUCGUCAUCAUCGUUCUCGUUCCUUCAUCAAACUCCCUCUUCAAUUCCAGUGCCCUUUCUCUCCUUCAUUUCCCAAUUCAAUGAACACCCAAAAGUCAAUACUCAUUUGAAUGCCACGUGUCCCGUGAGAUUGUCCAUCUUCUUCUUCUUCUUCAUCUUCUUCCACCCUCCACCCCAACAAACCCCACCUCUCUCUUUCUCUCUCUCUCAGCUAACGUACUAGAAUUUCCUCAAAGUUUCUAUACCCCUCUUUAUAACUCCCUGUAAAGUUCGAAUCUUUAGCAGAAGAAGAACAAGACCCAGAAACCUUUCCCACAAUGCCAUGACCAAUGAUUCAGUAGCCAAGCUUCUGUGAUCCUUCAACAAUGGGGGUUUGCACUUCGAAGCCGCAGAAGCGGAACCCAUAUGCCCUUCGGGAACCUGAAGGUGACCCAUGUGACCCUUCGCAAAUCCCGAAAACCCCACUCAGUCCCAACUCCAACAACCACCGCCGGAAAGAUGACGUCAUCCCCGCCGGGAAGCAGUCUCCGUUCUUCCCGUUCUACAGUCCUAGCCCUGCUCACUUUUUCAAGAAGUCUCCGGCGUCGGCGGCUGCGGAGGGAGGGAGCAGGAGCGCGAGCUCGACGCCGAGGAGGUUUUUCCGGCGCCCUUUCCCUCCGCCUUCUCCGGCCAAGCACAUAAAGGCCGUCUUGGCGAGGAGACAGGGGAAGAAAACCACCACGGCGAUACCGGAGGAGGGGGAGGAGGAGGCCGGAGGUGCUGCGGAUUUGGACAAGAGGUUUGGGUUUUCGAAGGAGUUGAGUAGUAGGUUGGAGGUUGGAGAAGAAGUGGGUAGAGGGCAUUUUGGGUAUACUUGUUCUGCUAGGUUCAAGAAGGGUGAGCUUAAGGGUCAACAAGUUGCAGUUAAGGUCAUCCCAAAAGCAAAGAUGACUACAGCAAUUGCAAUUGAAGAUGUGAGAAGGGAGGUGAAAAUAUUGCGAGCUUUGAAUGGACACAGCAAUCUGGUACAAUUCUAUGAUGCAUUUGAAGACCAAGAUAAUGUCUACAUUGUAAUGGAGUUAUGUGAAGGGGGGGAGCUUUUAGAUAUGAUACUAUCAAGAGGAGGGAAAUACACAGAAGAUGAUGCAAAGGCUGUCAUGGUACAGAUACUAAAUGUUGUUGCAUUUUGUCAUCUUCAGGGUGUGGUGCACCGAGAUCUUAAGCCAGAGAAUUUUUUGUAUACUUCAAAGGAUGAAAGUUCUGAGUUAAAAGCAAUAGACUUUGGGUUAUCAGAUUUUGUCAGACCAGAUGAAAGGCUUAAUGACAUUGUUGGAAGUGCUUACUAUGUCGCCCCUGAAGUUCUCCAUAGAUCUUACACCACAGAGGCUGAUGUGUGGAGUAUAGGUGUGAUAGCAUAUAUUCUAUUAUGUGGUAGUCGCCCAUUUUGGGCUCGAACAGAGUCUGGUAUUUUUCGGGCAGUUUUGAAAGCUGAUCCAAGCUUUGAUGAAGCUCCCUGGCCAUCUUUAUCCUUAGAAGCUAAAGAUUUUGUCAAACGGCUAUUGAAUAAGGAUCCACGGAAGCGAAUAUCUGCUGCUCAGGCUCUAAGUCAUCCUUGGAUACGGAAUUACAAUAAUGUAAAAGUUCCACUUGAUAUUUUAAUAUUUAAGCUCAUGAAGACUUAUAUGAGGUCCUCAUCCUUGCGUAAGGCUGCCUUAAGGGCCUUGUCAAAGACAUUGACUGCUGAUGAACUAUAUUAUCUGAGGGAGCAAUUUGCACUGUUGGAACCAAGCAAAAAUGGCAGCAUAUCCUUAGAUAACAUUAGCAAGGCCUUGAUGAAACGUGCAACAGAUGCCAUGAAAGAGUCUCGCAUCCCUGACCUUCUUACCUCGCUGAAUUCAUUACAAUAUAGAAGGAUGGAUUUUGAAGAAUUUUGUGCAGCUGCAUUAAGUGUACAUCAACUUGAAGCUCUUGAUCGUUGGGAGCAACAUGCUCGCUGUGCAUAUGAACUUUUCGAGAAAGAUGGAAACAGGGCUAUUGUCAUUGAAGAACUUGCUUCAGAACUUGGACUUGGUCCUUCUAUCCCAGUUCACGUUGUUCUUCAUGACUGGAUACGCCACACUGAUGGGAAGUUAAGCUUUCUUGGGUUUGUCAAAUUAUUACAUGGUGUAUCUAGCCGAAGCAUUGCAAAGGUUCAAUAAAGAUGUAAAGCAAAACCUCGUGGAUAUGCUGAAUUUUCUCUGUUAUUUGUGGCUCAAUCAUAUUUGAAUUUGUAUCUAGUGUGCUGCAACUGAUGAUUGUCUCCUUCAUAUCUGAAGCUCUUGCAAGCACUGCCCAUUAAAUUACAGUUUCAUAAUGAAAUGCUACUCAAUGAUUCUUUUGAAGGCGCUCUAAUUGUAAAAUAGUCUACAGAUAUGUGGGUUCAGAAUUAAGAUAUGAAUUGUAGAGUUAGAAUUAGCUUUGUCUCGAUGGGUGGUAAUAAUUUCCUGUCACUUGUAUUGAUGAAUGCUUUUGUACACACGUUACAUUUGUGAGUCUUAUAAUUUCUACUAUUUUUAUUGUA